CUGGCUUCACUUUCUAAAAUUCGACAGUCAGAAAAAAAUGACAGCAGCCCGCCAAAAACUCUUGGUUGACAUAGUACCGGUAGCGUAAUAGUAGUAGACGGAGGAAAUCACCUCUAUUAUCCAUACGAGCUAGCUCGUCUACUAGUAGCCGACACCACCAUGAUGAAAGCGGAGGAAUGUUGGGCUGAUUCAGACGACGAGCCUGCCACCAAGCGACUGCGAUGCACUGAUCCUGAUCUCAAGAUUGUCCUCGAGUACUCAACACGAGAAGAAUCUGUAUGGGUAGAGAUGAAGAAGGAGUACCACAUGUACAGUCAUGUGCUUGCUGGACUCAGCAACUUCAUUGACACUUCCUUGUCUGUGGAUAUGAAGGAGAAGAAAAGAAAAGAAAUUGUCUUCAAAGAUGUCACACCAGAGAUCUUUGAGAUGGCACUAAAAUACCAGCAAGAUUUGGGUGCAGUGCGGUUCAUGGAAGCAAAAGACGCGGCAAAGUUGAUCAAAUUCUACGAUAAGUAUGAGUUCACUGGGGGAAUCAAGCUGUGUGAUGAUGUGCUUUCUGAUUACUUCCAAAACAAUAUACAGAACUUGGACCUCCAGAAACCUCCUGAGGAUCUUGAUCUACUGGUUCGUGCUGCAGCAUUGGCAUAUCGGUUUGACCUGACAAACUCCAAAGAUGCGGGUAUUCAAUAUCUCAAGACAAGAAUGCAUUUUACAAUCUCCCCUUUUGGACUAUCAAUGUUUUCCGAGGACCACAUCAAACGGCUUCAACCAAUGUUCGUGGAAGGUGUUUUUCGCCAAGUCCAUUGUGCUCUCGAUGCGCUGUCAGCAAAAGAAGUGGCUCCCCUCUCUUUCCCAAAGUAUUUCAUCAGUUUGGCAUCGGAUGUUACUUGUGGUCAGACCUGCCGCUUUGUAGAGCUUUCCGGAACUGGAACUUAUGCGGAUGGGACCUAUUCGCUCACCUUUGACGGAAACUUCAAGCGCCAACGUAAAGACGAUUGGGAUGGUGAACCGUGUGAUUUCUUCAUUGAGCGCGGAAUCAUUACUGGUGAGAACUGGGGCAUUGUUGCUUGGAAUAGAGAUGAACCUGCCAAAGUGAUCUGGAAAUGCCCUCACACUGCAACCUUGGAGUUGCCACCUGAGGGACCCUGGUUUCCUGUCUCUGAAGAAGUAGACGAAACAAUGGAACCAAAGCUUCUUCAUCUUGGUGGUAGAGCUGGAAAGGGCUCUUCAGCACCAUAAGAUUAAGUUCCACCACUUCAAACUGGAUAAAAACUGGAUUAGUUACGUGUUUAUUCCCAUAACAUGUAGGUCUACAAUGUAGCCCCUUUCCACAAGAAGUCGCCCGUGGGCGACUUGCACGGCGCCCCUCUCUGGUUCUUCAAGGGUGCACGACAAUCUCGGUGCGAAAUGUAGGACAAGAUCUAGCUAGCUGGUAGUGCAACAUGAAUAGUAAUGCAUGCA